CCAAAAAACCCAGCCAUGACAUGAACCCAAUCCACUUUGGUAACUCACUUCUUCAACUCGUUCCCUUAAACUCAGUUCUCUCUCUCUCUCUCUCUCUCUAUUAGGGUUUCAAAAGUCUGCUGCUAGUACACACACAAAACAAGCGACCUUUCAACUUGAAAGAGAUAGAUUCUUUGGAGUAAGUCUCUCUUCAACAAUUUCGACUGUAUUUAAUUCUCUCUACUAUUACACUGUAUGUAAUUUUUUUCUUCUAUCUUCCACUUUUCCUCUUUUUCUUGUUGUUGAAUCUGUAAGCCAAACUAUAUACUUCUCAGCUAGAGUUUUUUACUGGGUCAUAUUCGUGUUUGAAUUUUCUUCUUCUUUGUCCAUCUAGAUAGAAAGAUUGUACUUUUAGAGAGAGAGUUAGAUAGUCAUAGAGAGAGAUAGAGGGUCAAGGGUUUUAGGUGAGAAAAAAAAAAAGUGAGAAGGGAGACUGAGAAUUUUCAAAUAUCUGCUAUUUAUUCCAAAGAAACUCAUUUGGCUUGUUUCUAUGACCUUUCUUGGAACAAUCCUUUAAUGGGUGUCAGUUAAAUUUGUAGAAUUUUGUUAUAUAUUUUUUUUUCCCUUCCCUUUUUAGUAUGUUAGGGGAAGAAGAUAAAACCCCGGUUACCGGAGGAGGUACCCGGAGAACCUAUUUGCGGUCAGUUUCAUGGACUGACCGGUCUCCUUCCAAGCCUAAUCCAUGCCCUAGCCCUAGACCACAAUUGAAUAGUAAAGUGCGGUCAUGCUUGCCCCCACUUCAGCCACUUUCAAUCAACCGGAGGACUGCAGAGGAGUGGCCAAAGGCGGGUUCUGAUGAUCUGGGCAUAUGGCCUCAUCCCCAAACCCCGAGAGGGGAAGCUAAACCGCUUGAGAAUUCAAAUUCGGAACAACCACCCGUGAAAGAAUUCCAGUUUAAGAGGGAAAAGCUUGCGUUUUAUAACAAGGAAUGCUCGAGAAUUGCUGAGCAUAUAUACUUGGGAAGUGAUGCUGUUGCAAAGAACCGCGAGAUUUUGAGGAAGAAUGGGAUCACCCAUGUGCUGAACUGUGUUGGGUUUGUUUCUCCUGAAUAUUUCAAGAGUGAUCUUGUGUAUAAGACACUUUGGUUGCAAGACAGCCCAUCUGAGGAUAUUACAAGUAUUCUCUAUGAUGUGUUUGAUUACUUUGAAGAUGUUCGGAAGCAAGGUGGGCGAGUUCUUGUGCAUUGCUGCCAGGGAGUGUCACGAUCGACCUCUUUGGUUAUUGCAUACCUCAUGUGGAGGGAGGGCCAGAGCUUCGAAGAUGCCUUUCAAUAUGUGAAGGCAGCACGAGCGGUGACUAACCCAAAUAUGGGUUUUGCUUGCCAACUUCUGCAGUGCCAGAAGCGAGUACAUGCUGUGCCUGCAAGCCCGAAUUCGGUGAUUAGGAUGUAUCGGAUGGCCCCCCACUCAUCAUAUGCUGCUCUUCAUCUGGUACCAAAAAUGUUAAGCCAUCCAGGUGCACAAGGCCUUGACUCUCGUGGAGCAUUUAUUGUGCAUGUUCCUUCUGCUAUAUACGUUUGGACUGGGAAAAAUUGCAAUAUUGUGAUGUCAAAUAGUGCUAUGGGAGCUGCACAUCAGGUAAUUCGGUAUGAAGGGGCUCAGGGACCGAUUGUGAGUAUCAAAGAAGGUGAAGAGCCAUCAGAAUUUUGGGAUGCUCUUGCCAACGGGCAACUCCUAGCAGACAAUUCUGAGAGUAUGGAGGUCAGAAAGGAAGGGAAUUUGUGUUCCAAAAAUGAUUUGGUUGCUGCAGCAAAUCAAGUUAAGGCUGGUGAAAGGGAGGUGGAUGAAUAUAACUUGGAUUUUCAAAUUUUUCACAAGGCGAUUGCUGGUGGGGUUGUUCCACCUUUUUCAGUUUCAAAUACUGAAUCAGAAACUUGCCUCCCCGCCCGAGAAAAUGGAUGGGGGAGACUAAGAUGGAAGCUUGCUAAUGGUCUCAUGAAAGAAUUUGUCACCUCCUCCAAACUGAACAGUGAUUGUACUCAAUCCAGUGAUGAAUCAAAUAUGAUUUUAGACGCACAGAAAGCAGUAAAACGCUCUCUUGGUCUGAUUGAACCAUCACCACUGUUAUCACCAUCAAUUGAACCAUGUGGUUCGCCAGAUUCCUUUGAUUGUUUCCCAAAUGGCAGCCCAGAUAGGAUAAGGGAAACUUCUAAAGAAGUGGAACACUCUGUUACUCUUACUGAUUCUUUCUUGUCAAUGACACCUCCUUGUGCUUCGCCAGAUUCAUAUUCCUGUUCUUUGACAACUGAUCCUGCCUUGUCACCCACACCUACUUGCAGUUCACUAGAUUCUUUUUCUUGUUUUCCGGGCCGCAGCCCGAAGUUCAGCUCCAAGUCCCCAACAAUUUCGCCAUCAACCUCUGAUUACGCCAGUUCAUUUACCUUUUCACCAUCAUCAUCUAAUUGGUCUGACUUGUCAUACUUGUCUUCGCAGCAGCCUUCACCUUCGGGCUGGGAAUCUACAGAUCAAUUUUUUCAAAUGAAUGCUUCCUUAGCAGAUAAUUCUAGUUUGAUUUAUAAAGAAACUCUGCCUGCAAAGGAGGUUUCUGAUAAACAUACUUUGAGAGUUGGAAAUGCUUCUUUGCCAUGUAAAGGAACUUCACCCUCUAUUGCGGAGCGCAGAGGGAGUAAUCCUCCACCUCGAAUGUUAUUACCCUCAGCUGAUGAGCCAUCUCAAGUCCCUAAGAAUCUGGUACGAUCAUGGUCCUUCGCUUUACCUGACAUCGAGGAUGAUGUGAUGAAUGAUGUUGAUUGCAACCAAUCUGAGCAUGAAGCCAAUGGAGAUGAGAUUAUGUUUGAUACUGGAUUUGAAUUACAAGGUGAGAUUGAAAGUAAGAAAGAGGACGAUAAUAAAAUUCAUCCUCUGUCAGGUGAUAUGAUCAACAGGGUUGCAGGAGUGGUAACCCCAGUUUUGUUCCAGUGGCCUUGUAUGAAUAAAUUGGAGAUGCAAUCUUUUUGCAUUCUUGAUUCCAGAUCUGUAUACUUUCUGUUGGCUCCAGAUGUGAGUGUAGGCACCAAUAGUCGCAAAAUCUUAUUUGUAUGGUUGGGGAGUGAAUUUUUGGAUGUGAAAGGGCAGAGUCAGUUGAUCAGCAUCGAUGGAAAAUGGGAUAGUAGUAAUCUUCACUGGGAGACAGUUGGUCACAACUUCCUUAAUCACAUGGGUUUGCCAGCGGAUAUCCCUGUACAGAUAAUAAGAGAAAGUGAAGAGCCAGAACAGUUUCUAAACUAUCUCAGCUGUAUAUCAUCCCAUAAGACACAAGACCGAGGCUGCAAUUGAGACUGUUUAGCAAAGCAUGCAGCAUUUUUCAAGAAUUCAAUUCCUAGUCAAUUUAGCUCUUGCAUGGAAUGUCAAAAAGGGUCUGAUGCAUAUUGUGAAAGGUAAGUCAGCAUCCCGGGCAGUAGAACUGAUUAUUAUCUGCUUGUGUGAUGAAUGGUAAGGAUGUGAAUCAUUAUUACAGCAAAGCAUGUACAGAGAACAAGCCUGUUCUACAGUUACAGGAAUUAGAAGUAUAUAAUAUUAGAUAAUAUAAGUAGUAAAUUAAAAGCUUUUGUGUUAUUCUUUUCCCUGUUAGGCCUUUUCUUCUUCUUUACUGCUCCUUUUUUUUCAUCCCUUCUGGUAGCUCUUAGUUUUUGUUUAUCUGGGCUUUGGCUACAUUGAGCACCGAAGGUGUUGCUGUAUGUAAUGAAAUAAGAAAGCAGCAAAGCCAUCUUUCUUAAAGAGCA